GUGACGUCAUCCGGAAGCGGCGUGAGGACCGUGUGUACUUCAGAAGCCACUCGGGUUCGCUCGGAGAAAAGACGGCUCGAGGUAUUACGGGAGUUGCCCUUCAACUAGUAUUAUAGUAGCAAUUUGUACAACAUGGCAGAAGUUACGAUUCCUUCCAGAGGGAAAUUGACAGUGUUCUAAAUUUAAAAAACAAACAAGCUUUGUGUACUUUGCAACUCCCCGUCUCAACGAACGCUUAAACCCAUGAGUUCUGUGAGCGGUCACAUUAAUGGAGAACUCAGCAAUGGAGGAGGUGGAUCGCCGAGACUGUCGAAAGUCCUCAGGCGAUGUUGCACGUCCAGUCUAUGUGAUUCUAGAGGGAUAAAGAAGUUGUCAAGCUGCAGUGAAAGUGACUGACUAGAUUAAGACGGACAUAUUCACUACAGUAGCGGGAUUAUGUAGGUCCAAGGAUCCAUACAGAAUGUUUCUUCCAUGGAUCGAUGCUUUAAUGACUCACUGGAGGAGGAAAUUCUGGCCUUCCUGAUUGAUGAUGAAGCACAGCUGCACAAAUAUGACGAUCUCACAAAAGUCAACCCUGUGACGCCAACAACGGUGCUGAGAUGCCUGCAAGCCAGGUACAGCGUCAAGGUAUUUUACACCCAUGCUGGGUGCACCUUGGUGGCUCUUAACCCCUUCCAACCUGUUCCUGACCUUUACACAUUGGAUGUGAUGAAAGAGUACCACCAUACUCAACAGCUCAAGGAUCCUAAGCCACAUAUCUUUAUUGUGGCAGAGGAAGCUUACAGGAAUGUUCAGGGUCAGAGAGUGCCAGUGGACCAGUCCUUGGUGGUCAGUGGGGAGAGCGGUGCAGGAAAGACAUGGACCUCCCGUUGCCUGAUGAAAUACUAUGCCACAGUAGCAGCGUCCUCUUCAGUGGUGGAGAGUCAGGAUACUGUGGAGAGGAUAGAGAGGAGAGUGCUGGACUCCAAUCCUAUUAUGGAAGCUUUCGGCAACGCGUGCACACUCCGCAACAAUAACAGCAGUCGCUUUGGAAAAUACAUUCAGCUCCAGCUUGACAGGUGUCAGCUGCUUGUGGGGGCGUCUGUGCAGACAUAUUUACUGGAGAAGACUAGAGUCGCUCACCAACCUGCUAAUGAAAGGAACUUUCACAUCUUUUACCAGAUGAUAAAAGCAGCCACAAAAGAACAGAGAAAAGAGUGGAAUAUGCCACAAGGUCACACCUUUGUGUGGCUGCCAAAUGUUGAAAAUACAAUAGAGGAGGACUGUUUUCAAGAGACCGUUGAUGCGAUGGUCCACCUGCGAAUUAAUACAGAGAGGCAGAGACAGAUAUUUAGGAUACUAGCAGGUAUUCUGCAUUUAGGGAAUGUGAAAUUUUCAAUAUCAGCAGAUGAAUCCCAGCCAUGUCACACUAAGGACCAAUCCAAAGACACCUUGCAGAAGGCUGCUGAACUGUUGCAAAUCCCUGCUGAGGAGCUUCAGACUUGUCUCAGUGUGAGGACAUUAAAAGCAGGGAGGCAGAGUGUACUCAAGCCUUGUUCCCAGGAAGAGUGCUGCAUGCGAAGAGACUGCCUUGCCAAAGUCAUCUAUGCCGAAUUAUUUGAGUGGCUGGUGACAUUUAUCAACAGCAGCAUUUGUGCUGACAAAUCCACUUGGUGCAACUUCAUAGGUGUUCUAGAUGUGUAUGGCUUUGAAUGUUUCCAAAGUAAUAGUUUGGAACAGCUUUGUAUCAACUAUGCCAAUGAAAAACUCCAGCAGCACUUUGUUACCCAUUACCUACGAGCUCAGCAGGAAGAAUAUGUAUCAGAGGGACUACAGUGGUCCUUUGUCAAAUACCAAGAUAAUCAGAGUUGUUUGGAUCUCCUUGAAGGAAGCCCUUUUAGUGUGUUUUCUCUUCUUAAUGAGGAGAGCCGUCUUAAUCGAGCGUCUGAUGCCAAGGCGCUUAGAAGUCGUCUGGAGAAAGAGCUUGGUGACAACGGCAACAUCAGCUGGAAUAAAUUAAGUAAGGUGCCGCAUUUUAGUGUGGCACAUUACGCUGGCAAAGUCCACUACAAGAUACAGGGCAUGGUGGAGAAGAACAAGGACCCAGUGGCGCCUGAGAUCAUCAGCCUGCUUCAGAUGUCAGAUAAUCCCCUCCUUCAGCAAAUCUACACAGAAAAGGAGACUGAGAACUUGUCAAGCAAGGGGCUCAGUAAGGUCACUGUAGUCUCAAAGUUCAAGAACUCCCUUGAGAGCUUGAUGAGCAUCCUCCACACCACAACACCUCAAUACACCCGCUGCAUUAAACCCAAUUCUGACUGCAAGCCGUUCAUCUUCAAAAAGGAGGAGGUGUUAAUGCAGUUGGAGGCCUGUGGGAUUGUAGAGACAAUACACAUAAGUGCUGCUGGCUUUCCUAUAAGAAUUCCAUUCAAGGCUUUCAUACAACGCUAUGGAUCCAUAGUGAAAAACUCAAGUUUCGUGUCAGGAGCACCAGAUCUUGUAAAGGCUGGGAGAGACAAUGAAAUUAACCUACAGGAGGUGCAGAGGGUACUUGACUUCGUGUUCCAACUAUCAGCACCUAAUAUUAGAAGGGAACCCAAAUCUUUGGUGCAUUGUGGACGGACCAAAGUUUUUCUCACCCAGUCCAUGUUAGACUUACUGGAAGAUCACAGGAAGAAGAUCCUCUCAAAGUCUGCUUUCUGCAUUCAAUGCUGCUGGAUGCGCUACCAACGCCGCAAACGUCACGAGCGACGGCAUUCUGCUACUCUAAUCCAAGCAGCGGUCCGUUCUUGGCUCGUCAGGAGGCGGGUACAGAAAUGGGACAGAGCUGCAGCACUUAUUCAGAAAGCUUGGAGGAAGUGGAGGGCAAUGUUGAAGUCCUUAGCUGAGGCAGAGCUCGAUGAUGCAGAAAACCUCAUGCAGCAAGACGUGCCGGAAUUGAACGACAUCAUCAGGGAACUGGGCUCAGUGCAGCUCUCUAGCGUCCAAGAGCCCAUCACAGUGCGAGGGUGGCCCAUGGGCCUGGCUUUGCCAUCAGCACCAUCGAUCACGGUCUCCAUGAGGGCCACAGGCCUUCAUAAGAUGAUGUCUGUGGUGGCCUCUCUUAAACUACCUUCCAGAAGGGGAGAGUACAAGGUAAAGACCAACCAAAACAUGCAGGGAAUCACCUCUAUUCGAGCUCAACCCAAGGGAUCUGUCAAACUACACUGCAAGCGUUCGCCCCUUCUCUAUGCAAACAGGCAGCCAGAGAUGAGGAAUUACGUGACUGGCUUCAAUGAAAUCCUGCUGGAGAAGACUCAAUAGUUCCUACUUGCGUGAACAAGCUGCUUUCUGGCACACAGGGAACCAUAUACAUGUACUUUUGUCAUUUCAUUUUUCAUCAUAAGGUGCCUUUUAAAUGCAGUCAUGUUUAUACACCAAUGUAAAGGGCAAAAAGACUUGCCCUUACAUAAUUGGGUCACACGCCAGAUCAGGUACAUUGCUGUGAAAAAGUAAUGGCCCCCUUUGCAAAUUCUUAUAUUUUUGUAGUUUCCCCACUUUUAAAAUGAAUGGAAAUAUCAGGGACAUACAACCAAAGUUUACUUAAAAUACAGUUUUUAAAUGGUGAGUUUAUUAAUAGAAAAAAGUAUUCAGUUAUCUGACCCUGUGUGGGGGAAAAAUAAUGCCCACCUUGUGAAUGCAUGAAUUAUGAUUAAUCACAAUUUUUUGGGGGGAGUUCCUUUUCAGUUAUCACUCCCAAGCCUGAUUACCUCCAGACCUGUUUAGUCAACAACUCACUUAAACAGUCUGUCCUGACAAAAACAAGUCGGAAAAAAGGAUCUAAAAAAAGCUGCAGCAAAAUGACACAGUCCAAAGCAAUUCCAGAAUUGUCCAGUAUAAAUAAAGUCAUUGAUGUGUCAGUCUUGAAAUGGUUACAAAAGCCAUUUGCGAAGCAUUAGGAUUCCAGUGAACCAUAAGGGGAGCCAUUAUCCUCACAUGGAUAAAAUAUGGAACAGUGGUGAACAUUCCCAGGCGUGGCCGGCCUGUAAAGAUAGCAGUGCUUUAUGUCGGAGGCCACAAUGAAACUCAGGACAAUUUCUAUAGAACUGCAGGCUUCCGAUACCUUGGUUAAGGUCUGUGUUCAUAACACAACACUGAGAAAGAGACGGCGCUAAAAUGACAUCCAUGGAGGGGCUCCAGCGCAAAAACCACUGCUGGGCAAAGCGAAUAUAAAGGCUCAUCUCACAUGGUUCCCAAGACUUUUGUAGGGAAUAUUACUGUAUAUAAACUGACAAAAUGAAAGUUGAGCUUUUUAGAAGGUGUAUUGUUAGAUAUGCUGUAAAUGGGGGAAAAAGAGCCCAUCAUACCUAUAAUCAAACACGGUGGUGGUAGUGUGAUGUUCAGCUGUUUAGCUCUUUCAGGAUCUGGACAAAUUGCUGUGAUUGAUGGAACCUUGAAUUUUGCUCUCUAACAGAAAAUCCUGAAGUUGAAUGUUCAGUCAUCAGUUUGUGACCUUUAGCUGACACACACUUGGGCUCCACAGCAGGAUAAUGAUCUCAAACACAAAAGCAAGUCAACUUCUGAAUGGCUUUAAAAAAAAAAAAAAAGUUAUGCAGUGUCCUAGUCAAGGUACAGACUUGAAUCAGAAUGAAAGGCAAUGGCAUGACUCAUGUUCAAAAGCAGUCUAUUUUUGCUGAAUUCAAACAAUUGUGGAAGGAAGGGAGACCCGAAAUGGUCACUCAGGUGUGAAAGAUUCAUAGCUAGUUAGAGAAUUUUGUUUUAUUUCAGUUGCUGCUGAGGAUGGCCCAACCGGUUAUUAGGUUUAGGGGUGGGGGCAAUAGUUUUUCACACAGGAUCAAGUAACUUUGAAUAGUUUUUUUCUUUAAUACAGAUAAAAUCACCUUUCAAAAACCCCAUUUUAAGAUCACUUGUUAGUCAGUAGUUGUCGAUUCGUAUUUGUUUGAUUUUAAAGGGGCAAAACUUUGCAAAAACAUAACUCAAGAGGGCCAAUACUUUUUCACAGUAGUGUAAGUGCUGCAAAGCUUUAAGAAAAAAUCCUAGUAAAAAUCAUUCAUCUUGGCCUUCAAUCGUUGGUACUGUAAAUGAUUGUCAGUACACUACUGACUACAAUGGUACGUGACAUUUCGCUUUCAAGUGAAAUUUGAGGAUGAACCUAAAAUGCACGCUAACCUGAAAAGGGGAACAUUUCACUUUCUCUUAACUUCUGAAUGCCAGGAUAUAGCCCACCUCCUGCCCAAAGUUAGCUGGGAAAGGCUCCAGCUUUCCCCGCGACCCUUGUGAGGAUAAGUGGCUAAGAAAAUGGAUGGUUGGAUGUUGCUUCAGGAAAAUAACUUUUCUUCUCACCGCUGCCUUCCAUUGAGUGUUGUAACUUUGUUAAAAAUCAGAGUACGUGUAGUUUGAGUUUUUUAAUGAUUCUACAUAGAAUGAAAAAGACUGAUUUUCACACACAAUCAUAUCAACAUAAUUCUGCUUGUAUGUUGCAGAACUAAAGAUGAUAUGCAUGUUUGCACAACUGAUGCAGGUGCACAUUCAAGCAACACACCA